CUUGCAAGAAUGGCACUCGAUUUUUUAUCAGCACCUGCCACAUUGACAGAUGUGGAACAAGUCUUCUCUUAUAGUGGGCUUGUUGUUAAUAAACACCACCAUAAUCUAUCUCUGGAGUCAACACGUGCAAAUGUGAUACUGAAUUCUUGGGGCAAGGUUGAGGGUCUGAUACCAAAAAAGAUUCUUGUUAAGAAGUUCAACAAGAAA